UUUUGAGGGAAAUAGUUUAAAGCAGGAUUCCGCGCGAAUCUUCCAGAGCCUUCUUCACCCAAAGCCAAAAUCACUACGAAAUUCGAUUUGUCUGUUGAUUUUUUCUGCGCUGAGAUACCGCAAACGAUGUCGUACUUGCUGCCGCAUCUUCACUCCGGAUGGGCCGUCGAUCAGGCGAUUCUCGCGGAGGAGGAGCGCCUCGUCAUCAUCCGUUUCGGCCACGAUUGGGACGAUACCUGCAUGCAGAUGGAUGAGGUGCUGGCUUCGGUUGCUGAAACGAUCAAGAACUUUGCCGUCAUAUACCUGGUGGAUAUCACAGAAGUGCCCGAUUUCAACACAAUGUACGAGCUGUACGACCCUUCGACUGUCAUGUUCUUCUUCAGGAACAAGCACAUUAUGAUCGAUCUCGGCACUGGAAACAACAACAAGAUCAACUGGGCGAUGAAGGAUAAGCAGGAAUUCGUCGACAUCGUUGAGACGGUGUAUCGUGGUGCCAGAAAGGGACGCGGUCUUGUCAUCGCCCCCAAAGAUUACUCCACAAAGUAUCGUUACUAAACUAUUUUUGUACCCUAUAGUUUAUGGGUGUGAUUGUUGUUCUUUGAACUGACAUCAUUGUUGGUGACGGCUACCGAUUUUAAAACUGCGUCGUUGGAUCUUGAUUUCACUCGAGGCCUCUGGGUCACGUAGAUGUUACAUCUGAUGAAAUAUACGAGUGAAAUGUCCGUCACUACGGAGCAUUUGGUGUAAUUCGUUAAAAUGUAGCACGAAUUGAGUCGAAUGCGAUUUAUUCAGAUAAUUAGUAUGUAUUUUAUAUGUCUUCGAAUAAGUGUCUUAUUUCAUAGUGUAAUUCUUUACAAAAAUAAUGCUGAAUUUUCAUAUUUUAUUUUU